AUGCCUGCAUGGAAGGCUACUACGGUCUUUGUCAUUUUGACCUUUGUUCUACUUGUGUCAGGAGCGUCAGAGCAGUCAAAAGUCGUCUCACUACCGCUGUACAAAAAUAAAGAUCGCCGUAUUGGGAAACGUGAUGCUGCAGCUGUGUCCCUAAAUUACGCCUCUAGCGCCUUCUGGUUGAAUGCCACUGUUGGCACCCCUCCGCAACAAGUCAAACUCGCAGUUGACACAGGAAGUAGCGACGCCUGGGUUUUUGGACCGGACGUAUGUGACGAGGAUGAUUGUGAUUAUUACGAAAGAUCCAAAUCAAGCACUUCCAGCUUGAUAGAAGAAGAAGGGUUUUUGAUAUCGUAUGGCGAUGGGUCCGAGGUUGCCGGGGACUAUGUCUCAGAUGUCUUCCGGGUCGGUUCGCUCGCAGUCAAAAAGAUGGAGUUCGCCGUUGCGACUGCCCAGUCCGAUGUCGGUACUAUGGGUAUCAUGGGGAUUGGUUUCGACACGAACGAGGCGAUCACAGAUUUUGGAGACAAGCCCUAUCGAAAUAUCAUUGACUCCAUGGCCGACCAAGGCCUCAUCAACUCUCGCGCAUACAGCCUCUGGCUGAACGAUCUUGAGUCUGGAGAAGGUAAUAUCUUGUUUGGUGGUUACGACACUGAGAAAUUCAAGGGAAAUCUGACCCCAAUCGCCAUUCAACCCGACGAAGAAUCGGGCGCAAUCACAACCAUGACUAUUCCAUGGACAUCGCUUUCAAUUACAGAUCCCACUCAAGGCACCAUCAGCCUGACUGGAGAUAAUUUCACAGAGGCUGCACUCCUCGACUCGGGCACGACGCUCUCUUAUAUCCCUGUGGACCUGUAUAACAAACUUGCCUCCAUUGCCAACGUCUAUUCCGACACAGAUGGAAAUGCUUAUGUCGAUUGUGAGAUUGUACAGGAAUACAAAGGCACCCUCAACGUAGGAUUCGGUGGUUCUGGUGGACCAGUGAUUCCAGUACCGUUCUCAGAGUUCUGCCCUCCCAUGUUGGACGUGGAUGGAGAUUCCUUUACCCUUAACAACGGUCACGACGCAUGCUGGUUCGGAUUCCAACCUAAUAUUGAUUUUGAACCAACUAUCUUGGGUGACACUUUCCUUCGCUCGGCAUACGUUGUGUACAACAUCGACCGCAAGGAAAUCGCCAUCGCUCCAACUGUUUUCGAAAGUGACAAAACCAAUAUUGUGGAAAUCGACGCUCCGAGUUCUUCUGAUAACUCAAGUUGGAGUCUCACUAGUGGGGCUGCUGUUCAGCAGACAGCAACUACUUCAACAGAAACCACAGGCGCGUAUAGCUCUGUAACAAUCACAGCGCUGUUUUCGUAUACACCGACGGCCACUGCAACGCAAGCUGCAGAAACAUCACACGGCGCAGCUACCUCUACUGGAACCACCAGCUCGGGUAUCCUGGUAAGCCUUGUUGUUUCAAUCAUGUCACUUUUCCUCGCGCUCAAGUAA